AUGGAAGUGCCAUCGACAUUGCAGAAUAAGUUGGCGUAUCAAACAAUAUUUCCACAGUAUCUGGAUGCCAAUCUUACCCCGGCCGAGGGGCGGCGCCUGACGAAGACGCAGUCGGUGGAGAAUCCGCAGCUUGAGGAGAUUGCAGUCGUGUUGGGGCAGUUGGGCUACAAGGACUUCUUCAUUGAACGGACCCUUUCCUUACCACGCUCGCAGGCAUCAAAAAAGUAUGCCAUUGUUCCCAAGGGAUGCGUGAGGGUGGCUAUCAAACGACCCCAAUCAGAGCAUUACAUUCGUAUGAGUGAGUUUGACACACAGACACGCGGCGUGACAGUACAAGGCAUAGGCAGUAAGCAGGAUCUCUUGCGCCGUGUAGCUGCCGCAAUUAAGGCCAGCGGUGUUCCUCGUCCACAGCCCGUCUCGGUUGCUGAUGCCACGGGCGCCUCCUCGAAGAAGAAGUAA